AUGAGCGAAAGAAUUUUCAAGCAAAUUAGCACCAUUGUUGCCCUGAGAGAACAAGGGAAAUCAAUCCUUGCGAUAGAACCGUCUCUGAGUUACCAAACGAUUAGACGUUUUGUAAGGAAAUUCGAAGGUGCCCCUUCUCCAAGGAAGUCGGUGACACCACGUGCUCUUCGUGUCCACUACAACGAAAUUUUGUCGGAAGUUGAGAGGUGUUAUGCGAACAAUAGUUCUGCAACAGCUAUAGAUAUUUUGAACCGUCUCAACACACGCGGAAUUACCAUCAGCACUACACACAUCAAGAGGCUGAGACGGCGUCUAGGAUAUAAGAAAACUACUACCAAGUACUGCCACACAAUAAGAGACACUAAUAAGGUGGCUCGCCUCGAUUUCUGUUCGGAAAUGCUUGCGGCAGGAGUAGUUUUCUCGGACUGUGUUUUUACAGACGAAUGCACAGUUCAAAUUGACUGUUCGACGAAAUUCUGUUUUGUGAAGCAAGGGGACCAAUAUUCAAGAAUGCGCAGCAGGGCCAAGCAUCCCGCAAAAGUUCACAUUUGGGGUGGCAUCUCGGUCCGAGGCACCACUCAGUUCGCUAUUUUACCGGGAAACUGUCGAAUUGACAGCGAACUGUACUGUAGAAUUUUGGAAAGAUGCUACCUUCCUUUCCAAUCGAAGGUUUAUAACGGAUAUUGUCGUCUUGUGCAAGAUAAUGCACCACCACAUAAAAGCCGCUACACGAGCGACAAACUUAGGAGCUGGGGGGUCGAUACCAUGGCGUGGCCCGCGGAGUCACCCGACCUCAACCCAAUUGAGCUCGUUUGGGGCAAUAUGAAGGUCUUUAUCAGGAAGCAAGGAGUUCGAAGUUUAGAAGAGCUCAAGGUUGCUAUCGUUAAGUACUGGAAAACGCUCACCCCAGAAGAAUGCGUCAAAUACGUUGGUGGUAUUAGGAGCAGGAUGGAGCGCGUUGUAGAGCAACGAGGAAGAAAUAUCAUUGAGAACAAGUAA